AUGAAAGAUGCCGAGAAGUCUAUUGUAGGAAAUGGAGAUUCGUAUGCGUUUAAAAGUAAGCUUGAAAACCUUCCAGACAGUGUGGUCGUGAUAGGUUCUCACACUCAAAAUGACAGUCGUAAGGAGAAGUGGCGUGGAGCAGCUGACCCAGAAAAGGCUACAGCAGGUAGGCUUGGAAGACCACUAUUAUGGAGUUUUAAGAUGCACAUUUCAUAA